AUGGAGACGAGAGCAGGGGAAGACAUAGGCAGGGGAGAAGACCUCAGACCUCCACUCCUACCCCUGGCCGUCUCUCUCCACGAUUCUUUCCUCCACUCUCACUGCUCCGCCUGCUCCUUCCCUCUACCAAGUGCGCAUUUUACUCCCACUUCCCCCUCAAAUUCACCACCCCACCACCGCUACUGCUCCCCCGGUUGCUCCUCCCUUGACUCUCCUCCCUCCAUGUGUUCCCCUCCUCCUCUCGAAGACUCGUCCCACCUCCGCUUCUCCCUCCGCCUCCUCCAUAAACUAUUCCACUUUCAGAACGACGCGGUAGAAGUAAAACUGGAUAGGAUUGGAGGGUUAAUGACCAACUAUGAGAAAUUCUUGAAUUUGUCUGAAAAUGAGGAGGACGACGAGGCAUUGGAGAUGAUUAAGGAAGGUGCGAGGGCGAUGAAGCUCUUGGCGGGAAAAUUGGAGGGAGUGGUUGGGGUGGAGGAGGCGGUGAUUUGUUCUCCCCAAGCUUGUUUUCGGUUUGUAACGACGAAGACCAUACCUCCUCAACAAGUGGUGGAGGGAGAAUCCCAGCUCCUGCGGUUGAGAAUUUACCCUGCUGCCAUGGACGGUGGAACUGGUGAUGGACUUGAUGGUGAUUGCAAGAGUAGUAAGGGAUGUGGUCCGAGCAUCAUAGUCCGGAGCAUAAAAGGAGUUAAGAAAAAUGAGAGGAUACCAAUUACUUAUACUGAUUUGUUCCAACCUAAGGAAAUGCGGCAGGCUGAAUUGUUUACAAAUUACUGGUUCAAUUGUUGCUGUAAGCGAUGUACUGCAACUCCUGCAACUUAUAUUGAUCGUGCUUUGCAGGAAAUUUUUGUUUCUGGUGUUGAUGGUCUCAACUUGAUUUCCAAUGAAGACUCGUACAGAUCCAAAGCAACUGCAAAAUUCACGGAUUCAAUUGAUGGUGCUAUUGAUGAGUAUUUGAACUUUAACAAUCCCGAGUCAUGCUGUGAGAAGCUUGAGGAUUUGCUUACACAUGGGCACCCUCAAGAGCCACUGAAACCAAAGCCAGAAAAGUCACCUCAAUGCAUAAGGUUACACUUGUUUCAUCAUCAAUCUCUACAUGCAUACACCACUACACUUGCUUCAGCAUACAGAGUCCGUGCUAGUGACCUCUUGGCUUUUAAUCCUGAAAAUCAUCAGCAUCAAAUGGAAGCUUUCACUCUGAGCAGAAUAAGUGCAGCCUACUCCUUGUUGUUGGCUAUAGUUACACAUCAUCUUUUUCUUUCUGAAUCUUCAAUAAUUGCCUGUGCUGUGAAUUUCUGGAAAAAUGCUGGGGAGUCCCUAGUUUAUCUUUUUAGAAGCUCAGCCUGGGGUACAUUUUCCAAUUUACAGCAAUCUAGAAAAUAUGGAGCUUCCUUAGUCAUGAAAGUCGACAUCUGCAAGAAGUUAAAGAGCUCAUUGAUUUUAGAUGGCUUCUCACAGUGGAAACUCCCCUUGAUCUCGGAACUCGUCUUACUUGCCGGGAUAGCAGGAGUGUUUCCAGACUUCAAGAAAAGGAGCAUACCAACCUAG